AGGCCGUCCGACGCGAGCACGAGCACCAGUCGGAGAAAAACGCUGUUGGUAUCGCCUAGUAUCUGGAUUAACCACUAACCAGUAUCCAACAAUGGCAUCAUCCAUUUGCCUAUCCUUAUCGCGGACUUCUAAAACCCUAACGCCGCCCUUCACUUCCACUAACCGCGGUUGCAUAUGCUCCUUGGCAGUCUCCGUUUCUAACGGCCAUAUACCGACGAGGAGAAAGAGGCAGCAGGUGGUUUCUAUGGCUCCGGAGGAAGAGAAAUUGACUCGCCGCAAUCCCCUUGAUUUCCCCAUCGACGACAUUUUCCCCCAAUUCAGCCCCAUGAAAACACCAUUACCACCACCAAUGCCAUAUGAUCCCCCUGAAGAAGACGAAGAAGAAGAAGAAAAGAAAGAAGAAGAAGAGGAAGAUCUCGAAGAGGAAGAACCCGAAACCCCCGAAAAACAAUCCUGAGAAACAAUGGUAAGUUUUUGAAGGGUGAAAACACCAACCUUGUUCAAUUUUUUUCCAUUUGAAUUUUGGGAAGGUGGUGGUACAAUUUGGUUAUGCUGUUAGGUAGGUUGAAUGAAAUGUUAUAGUAAUCCAUUUUGGACCCUGGUUGGUGGCC